AUGCAUAUGAAUAGCUUAUUAGAUCAAUGGAACAUCUCCAGGAUGUGUGAUGUGGACGUGUCCCCAGAGCCCACCAGUCCCACCCUGUACGGUGAGUCCUCAGACAAGUACUACCAUGUGGACCGCUGGCAGAAGCUCCGCACUGCCGUCCGCAAGCUGGAGUUCUGGGAAAACUUCACAGCCGAGCUGAUCGGGAGUGGCUUCUUCUCAAAAGUCUACAAGGUGAUGCACAGCACCAGUCGUAAGGUGACGGUGGUGAAGAUCUACAAAAACGACGUGGACCAAGACAGCAUCAUACGGGAGAUCAGCCUGCUGCAGAAACUCUCCCACCCCAACAUCGUCAGAUAUCUGGGAAUCUGUGUCAAAGAAGACAAACUUUAUCCGAUCCUGGAGUAUGUGAACGGUGGCUGUCUGGAGGAGCUUCUGGUCAGGAAAGAUGUCCCCCUGUGCUGGAGAGAGAAGGUGGACCUGGCCUGUGACAUCAGCAGAGGAAUGAUCUACCUGCACUACAAGAACAUUUACCACCGGGACCUCAACUCCAAGAACUGUCUGAUCCGGGUGACGUCUCGGGGUCGGGAGGCCCUGGUCACUGACUUCGGCCUGGCCAGGGAAGUGGUGGAGCUGCCGGUCAAAGACCCCGGCAGGAAGCUGUCACUGGUGGGCUCGGCCUUCUGGAUGGCCCCCGAGAUGCUCCGAGGGGAGCCAUACGACCGCAAGGUGGAUGUUUUCUCCUUCGGCAUCGUGCUCUGUGAGGUCCUGGCCCGGAUCCCGGCCGACCCAGAGAUACUCCCCAGGACACAGGACUACGGGCUGGACGUGAAGGCCUUCAGGGAGCUGGUGGACGACUGUCCUCAGCGCCUCCUGGAGCUGGCCGCCCGCUGCUGUAUGGUGGAGUCCUUCAGGCGGCCAGCGUUCACGGAGCUGCUGGACGAGUUGGAAGAAGUCGCCGACAGCCUGGAGCCGCCGCCGCCGCCGCCGCCGCCGCCGCCGCCGCCGCCCGCAUCCGACGCGACCGCGAGCUGA